CUCUUCUCCGCGGAGUUUGAUAAGCCGCUCCCUUGUCAAACAGCAAAUAACGGGCGGACCACAAUCCAAAAGCCCCGAAGGAGGAGGAGGAGGAGAACACACAUGGCCGGCGCCUUCGCGCUCCUCUUCGCCGCCAUUGCCGCCGUUUGCUUCCUUCCGCCGCCCGCCGCUUCCCAGGGGUGCAAGUCCCAGAAUCUUGGAUCCAACCGGGUAUUCGCGUCCUGCAGCGAUCUUCCCCACCUGUCCGCCUCCCUCCACUGGACCUACAACAGCGCCGCGGGGGAGCUCUCGAUCGCCUUCGUGGCGCCGCCGGCGGCGGAGGCGGGUUGGGUGGCGUGGGCGAUCAAUCCCACGGGGAUGGGCAUGGCGGGGUCGCAGACGCUGGCGGCGUUCCGGGGGGCGGACGGGAGGAUGGUGGUGAAGACGUACAACAUCACGGGGUACGGGGCUCUGAAGGAGUCGAAGAUCGCGUUCGACACGACGGAUCUGGCGGCGGAGUACGCGGGCGGGACGAUGAGGAUGUUCGGGACGGUGAAGCUGGGGAAGGAGAUGACGGUGGUGAAUCAGGUGUGGCAGGUGGGGGGAUCGGUGACUGCCGGUGUGCCGGACAAGCACGCGUUUAAUCCGGACAAUUUGGCGUCCGAGGGCACCUUGGAUUUGCUCCGGGGGGUCAGCUCCGGAUCCGGGGCUUCCGGCACCAAGAAGAGGAAUAUACAUGGAAUCUUGAAUGCUGUGAGCUGGGGAAUUUUGCUUCCAAUUGGAGCGAUCUUCGCAAGAUAUCUGAAGACAUUCCAAUCAGCAGAUCCUGCAUGGUUUUACCUCCAUGUGUCAUGCCAGCUUAUUGGUUACAUUGUGGGGGUUGCAGGCUGGGGAACUGGUCUCAAUCUUGGGAGCAAGGGAAUCCACCAGACCACUCAUCGGAACAUUGGAAUCACCCUCUUCUCUCUUGGGACCCUGCAGGUUUUUGCAUUGUUUUUGAGGCCCAACAAGGAUCACAAGUAUCGCUUCUACUGGAACAUUUACCAUUACUUGGUAGGAUACACCGUCAUUAUCUUGGGUAUCAUCAAUGUCUUCAAAGGCCUGAAAAUCUUAGAUACUGAUCAGAAGUGGACUACAGCAUAUAUCAUUGUGAUAUGCAUCUUGGGUGGUAUUGCCUUGUUGUUGGAAGCCAUUACUUGGAUGAUUGUUCUGAGGAGAAAGUCCCGCAACCCAAAGGCCUAAUUCUACCAAUGAGCGUGGUGUGCAACAGCAACUCUCUAUCUGAUUAACUUUUUACUGCAGUUUAUUGAUUGAUCUUCAGAUUCUCUUACGGAGAUAGAGGGUGUUCUUCAAUAAUUCUUUUCUUUGUAUUCAUCUUUUUGCUACCUUUUAUGUUGUAAACUAUUUAGUUGUCACCGAGCUUCUAUUUUUAUUGUUUGAAACUCUUUGUUCAGAUUGUUGGAACGAUACCUUAUUCGAUUAUUUUUAAUUAAUACGAUCCUCAGUAUGGGGGUCGCACCUAAUGUUGUGCUGGCCAUGAA